GCUACGUGUCAUCACCCGGGGACGCCUGGAGACUGGCGGCAUUCCACCACGGAAAUGUCCAAGCUGGUUAAGAGAGACACAGUGGAUCGGUCCUCUAGCCUGGAGUGUGAGCGAGAAGGGAAGGACUUGGCCAAUGAGAGCUCCGACUUUGUCCAGCUCGAAGAUGACGUGGCGUUUUGGUGAUUUGUCGUGGGAGGAAGACGGUGAAUCUUCGUCGCAGGACUUCUUUUUCGUCGCUGCGGGCCCCAAGAGGACUAGAGGGGGGGACUCUCUUUCCCCCGUUAUACGAGGAGCAGCUAUGGCGGCCGGAGCUUUUGGUUCCCAUGCAAACAAGCCUUCCUCAAAGGUUACGGCAGCAGCUAUGGCGACAGAGACGCCGGCGGCAUCAGGCCUUGACGAGCAAAAUGCUGACGUGGCUAACGAACAGYCCUCGUUUCAGUGGAGCCGUCAUUGGUAUGGUGUGGCGGUGGAAGCUCAUCUUGACAGAAGGCAGCCGCAUGSCAUCACCGUCCUGGGCCGUCGAUUCGUCUUGUGGUGGGACAGAUCCGCCCAGGAACAGGAUCCAACGGUCAGAGUGGGCAGAGAGGAGAUGGAGGCGGGCAAUGACGGCGGCGCUGGCGCUUUGAGCAAAGCAGAUUACGAGGAUGUGAUCCGGGGUGGAAUGUGGCGAGCUUUCCUGGACCAGUGUCCUCAUCGACUGGCUCCGCUCUCAGAAGGCAGAAUCGACGAGCAGGGGAGGCUUCAGUGCUCCUACCAUGGAUGGUCCUUCGGCGGGGAUGGCGGGUGCACGAACAUACCGCAAGACAGGCCGGAACAGCGUGGGCGCACGUCUCCCCGUGCAUGCGCAGCCGCUGUUCCGACGGGCGUUGUGAGCGGGGUGGUGUUUCUGUGGCCAGAUGAGAGUGCAGAGGGUGUAGCGCUGGCCUCCAAGACCCCUCUUCCUGUUGAUCCUGCAGUUCACAUGCCAGGACUCUUCAGGAGAGACCGAUACAUGCGGGAGGUACUCUACAGCUACGAGGUUCUCGUCGAGAACCUCUUCGACCCCAGCCAUUUGUCCUUUGCCCAUCAUGGCCAAGCCUAUUCCCUGCGACGGGACAAGGGCGAGCAUUUGAGUCUGGAAGCGUCAUCAAGGGGUGAACAGGGUUUUGUGGGGCAAGGUUGGGACACGACCAUUCGCCCUGGCAUGUUCUACGUGGAGUUCCAAGCUCCCAGUAGGGUGACACACCGGAGGGAAUGGGACCUACAGGGAACAUCUCGCACCUUCAUGAGCACGUUUUACGUCACGCCCACUGAGCCGGGACGCUGUCUUCUCAUCACUGGAGACUCUUGGACUCGUGUCCCAGACAGCCAGACUUCAGUGUGGUCCUUCCUCGGCAGACUGCGUCAAGCUAUGUUCGAUAAACCUCAGAUGGCGCACAUAGGCGUAUCUUCCUUCCUCGAUGGCGAUACGUACUUGCUUCAUGUGGCCGACAAGAACCUGAGCAGGAUGAAGAUAGAAACGAGCAAAGAGUGGAACGAGGCGUACUACAUGCCCACCGCCUCCGAUCGCUGGGUCAUUGCUUUCCGGCAAUGGUUGCACAAAUAUGGUGGCGGUGAUGUCAAAUGGGCAAAGGGGGGGACUUAUCCCGCUCCUACCGGUAGGACCGACGGUGCGACCGGGUCGCCAGAUAAGGUUAUGGAUAAGGUUAUGGAUAAGGCUGAGGAUAAGGCUGCGUUUGCACUUUUGUCUCCUCGGGAGGUGCUGGACCGGUACCAUCAGCACACGGCGAGAUGCCAAGUGUGCAUGAGGGCGCUCAACUUCUACAAAACACUCCAAAGGGUCCUUUGUAUCGCCUCUGUCACUCUGCUUUCCAUUGCCGUAUGUAUUCCGGGCCAGACGGGAACCACCAUCCUUGCCAGCAGUGGGGCGAAUACCCCUCUAACUGCGGCGACUUCAGCUGUGUCAUCUGCGGGAGGAAGGGAACUCCUGGGGUUAUCCCUCCCCCUUAUCAUUCGGGUUGUGCUAGCCAUCCUUUCGGUUGGGGCAGCUAUUGGGGCCCUCAAGCUGGAGGACUGUAUUCAGAACUUCAUCUACAAGGGGUACAACCACGCCCUCGUUCCCUAGGUACAAAAAGUCCGGGUUGUUGUAGAGGCUGUAGUAAAGACAGGUGAGAGUCGGUUGUUUCUGGCCAUUCAUCUUCAUAAUCAACAGUUCACAAAUUG